UCUUUUCUCUUUUUCCUUUUUUUCUCUGGUUUUUGGAAUGAAAGAGAAAAAUGGGAACUCUGAGGUUUGUGUGGGGGUUAAGAUUAUAUCGUUAUAAUUUCAUGUUUUAUAGAAUUUAAUCAAAUCGUCUUUGAUUUUCUUUUUCAAAUUUGGUUUGUUCUGAAUGGCAAAAGCUGUGGAAAUUGGAAAGAAAGAAACCCAACAAAACAUUUCCAUGCAACUGGCCAAUCUUCCAAGAGAUCUACUUCAAAGGUUCAUGUUGUCAAGCAACCGUUUUUCUCACAAAAGUCAUGUAGAAGAAGAAAAUGGUGAAGAAGAAGAAGAGAUUGAGUUGAGCUUGGGGCUUUCGUUGAAUGGUCGUUUUGGGGUCGACCCUAGUGCUAAAAAACUCACCAGAUCAUCUUCAAUACCAGAUUUCAUCAACAACUCAACAAGAAAAGACACUAAUGAGUCUUCUUCUUCUAUGUUCCCCAUGGCUUGUGGUUCCCUUGCGAGGACAUGUUCCUUGCCUACGGAGACACAGGAAGAGUGGAGGAAGAGGAAGGAACUGCAAAGUCUAAGGAGAAUGGAAGCUAAAAGAAAGAGAUCAGAGAAACAGAAGAAUUUGAAAGCUGCAAGGGAUAGGAAUAGAGGUGGUUUUGGCGAAGAGAAUUGUGCAGAAGAUAAGAGAGAAGAGGCUGGUAAUGGAGCUAGUUGGGUGAAUGGUGGUAGAGGACCUUGUGAAGGAGUAGCUGCUUCACAGGGUUCAAUCGGAUCCCAAGGAAGUGGUUCCUCGGGGAUAUCAGAACUUGAUAGCCAAUCAGCUCAAGGAACUAACAAAUGCGCUGAAGCAAGAAGCCCUGCUAGUGAGCAAUCUGCAGUAGAAACUGAGCAGAAACCAAUGAUCAUCCCUGGAAGAAUCUUGAGUGAGAAAUCAGAGAAGUUAGCUGGAGUUGCGACAGAGAAUAAGCCAAGUCAACCAGCAGUAGCGGAAAAGAGGUUUAAGGAAGUGGUGAGGAACAUUUUGGAGGAUAUGCCUUGUGUGUCAACAACAGGAGAUGGCCCCAAUGGGAAAAGAAUAGAAGGCUUUCUUUACAGAUAUAGGAAGGGUGAGGAGGUGAGAAUAGUGUGCGUUUGCCAUGGCAGCUUCCUCUCCCCAGCCGAGUUUGUGAAGCAUGCUGGUGGCGGUGAUGUAGCACACCCACUAAAGCAUAUAGUUGUUAACCCUUCUUUCCUUUUCUAAUGCAAAUCCAUGAAAAGGAGGAAUGCAGAGAAAAGGUUAACGAAUUUUCAGCUUUAUUAAUUUCAGAAUCUCUUUUCUUUUAUUCUGGACUAGGCUAUUAUUGACGUUUUAAGUAAAUGAAGCUUCGCUUUGGAAAAUUAAGAUGGA